AUGUCUGAGCAGAAGAGAAUCUUCUAUACCUACAAGACCAUGGAGGCCUGGGAGAAGCAUGAUCAAAAUGUGCGAAAGUUUAUCCAAGAAGAGUCUGGCCAGGACAGCUGGAUCUGCAAUAGAGCGCUCCCUCCUGCCUGCUACCCUCUCCUGAUCAGCACGGACACAAUUGACAAGAUCAAGAAGCUAGAUGUCGACAUUUUUGUCCAAGAAAUUCAAGAUUAG